UACUGCGCGGAAAUGACGUUGUGUUGAUGUUGUUCCAGGAAGCGCAUACGGGGAAGAACUGAACUGCGUCAACAGUCACUUUUGAUGAUACGUAACGAUUUUAGUCGUUAUUCAGCAUGGCAACUGGCCAUUGUUGACUGAUUGAUGGCGCUGAUCGUGGAUGGGCCUUUGUUAGACAACAACAUGGACACAUCAAACUUUGCCCAUGUCAUCUUCCAGAAUGUUGGCAAGAGCUACCUGCCUCAUGCUGCACUGGAGUGUCACUAUACCCUCACGCAGUUCAUCAAGCCACACCCAAAGGACUGGGUUGGCAUUUUCAAGGUCGGCUGGAGCACAGCGAGGGACUAUUACACAUUCUUGUGGUCCCCCCUCCCUGAGAGCUAUGUGGACGGCACCGCAGUCAACAGAACAGUGGUCUUUCAGGGAUAUUAUGUGCCCAAUGAUGACGGCGAAUUCUACCAGUUCUGUUAUGUGACCCACAAAGGGGAGAUUCGUGGCGCCAGCACACCGUUCCUGUUUCGCGCCAAUAGCCCCUCUGAGGAAGAGCUGCUGACUGUGGAGGACGAAUGCAACUCUGACAUUCUGGUGGUGACCACCAAGGCGGGAUUUCUCGAGCAAAAGGUGGAGGAAGCCCAGCGUGUGAAAGAUGAGCUGGUGAAAAAGGUGGCUCUGCUGCAGCAGGAGAUGGAGCAGCUGGAAUUGGCCAAGGAGAGCCUGCGGAAGGCGUGUGAGCGGGAGGAGGAGAAAUGUGAUCUGCUGAAAAGACAAAAUCAGGAACUGCAGACUUCUUCCAAGGUCUUGCAAGAAGAGAAGGAGGAAAUGAAGAGGAGGCUGGAAGAAGCCACAUCAAGGGUGUUACAGCUGGAGGAAGACCUUAUCGGAGUCACCCAGAGAGGCCUACAAAAGGAAACCGAGCUGGACUUUCUGAAGGACAGAAUGAAGAAACUUACAAUAGAGAAGGAAACACUUGAGUCUCAACUCAACAAUGAGAAAGAUGAGAAGGAACUCUACAAGAUUCACCUGAAAAACCGUGAGCUCGAGAACACGAAGCUGAGUGCAGAGCUGCAGAUGAUGAAAUCGGUGGACGUUAACAAAGACAACACCAUUGCUCAGUUUAAAGAGGAGGUUGGACGACUGCAGAUGUGCCUUACUGAGAAGGAGAACCAGUACAAAGAGAUCAUGGCCAAAGUUUCCCCCUUGGGAGACUUAAAGGCCCUCAAGGAGCAGCUGCGCCAGAAAGAGGAGCAGCUCCAGGCCAACCAACAGCAGUCGACAAUGCUGGCGGCCGAGUUGAGGGAUGCAUCCAGUAGCCGUGACCGCACCAUGUCCGAACUAUACCACAUGAAGCUGGAGGCUGAUGCACUGCGACAGGCCAAAGCCGAGGCACAGGAUCACUGUGACCGCUUGGAGGUACUGGUGGAGAAAAUGAAGGAAGAUGCCAAUCAGGAGGCGCAGGCCAAAGCGGAAGAAGUCUGUACAGACCCGGCUCUCGUAGCAGAGCUGCAGAGAGAGGUGGAGGACCUGAAGCUGCGUCUGCACAUGGCAGCCGAGCACUACAAAGAGAAAUAUAAGGAAUGCACUCGCCUUCAAAAACAAGUGCUGAAAUUAUCCGAGCAACCAGGGGAGCCGAAGAGAAACUCAGCACAAGAGGUAACAACAGUACCUGCAUCAGUGAGUCCAGACAUGUCUGUUCCAGCCUUCAUGGUCCUCACAGGAAGUCCGGGUUCUGCAGAUCCCAUGCUGGAGGCCAUCAUCCAGGAGAAACUCAAAGGCAUCAGCAGAGAGGCAUCUGACAAGUAUUCGAAAUACAGGAAAUACAAGCAAUUGUUGAUGGAGGAAAAGGAGCGUAGCGGCAUGAUGCAUGAUGAGCUUGCCAAGAUGACGGUGAAAGUGAAAGAGCACCAGAAGAUCAGUGAGAAUCUCAAGCUGCAGCUUGCAUCAGAGGAAGACCGCUGUAUGAGCCAGGUAGCCGAGAAGGGGCGGGAGCUGAAAGAACUCAAGGAGAAACUGGAGGAGCUUCAGAAGAGCAGCAAGAAGGCAGAGCAGGGGGCCAGUGGGAGAGCCGGUGCGGAGAAUGUUCAGUCCAGUGUGCCUUUAUUCCUGCAGUACCCCGUACCCUACGCCCAGGAUGCCCCCACCCCUCUGUUGGUGUCUCAGAGUCCCACCAAGCUGUACUUUGGGAACCCAUACACUGACUCAAAAGGUGACGACAACGAUGACGAGCUGUCGGAUGAGCAGCUGCUUUGCUUCCCUCCUGUGGGCCCGCCCUCCUGGGACAGCAACGUGGUGUGCAUCCAACCCACCCGCCACCAGGUUCAGCCCGAAGGCGUCGAGGAAUCUGAGGAUACGCCAAGAAACAACAACAACAACAACGUUAACAUCAACGCGAAGCCCACCGCAACAGAACCCCCCACCCCGUUUGUGAAUGAUGGGCAAACUCCCUUUUGCUUUGAGCCAAGCAUGGACAUGAAGCGAUGCCCGCUGUGUGAGGUCAUCUUCCCACCCAACUACGACCAAUCCAAGUUCGAGGAGCACGUGGAGAGCCACUGGAAGAUCUGCCCCAUGUGCAGUGAGCAGUUCCCGCUGGACUGCGACCAGAAGGCCUUUGAGAACCACGUGCUCACCCACUUCGACGGUCACCUGCUCGAAUUUGAUUAGCCGCCGCUGACACAUUGAUGCUCUCGUUUGGUGCAUGACGGUGGUGUUAACAUCCAUCCUGUACCGCUUUCUUUCAUAGACAGGCGCUUGGCAGUAAAUCAGAAUUCUUUUGAGUUUCCUUCUGGUUUUUUUUUUUGUGUGUGGAAAUGCUGUUAAUUAGCAUUUCCAAUUUACAGAUAAUCCUGAAAACCAAAUGUUUAACCUUACACUGUUGAAGAUAUCUUAGAGGUGGGACCCUUAUGGCCAGGGGCGGGGGACAUAUGCGACCUCUUGUAACCAGCCAGCCACACAUACUCAUAACGUAAUAUCAUUACAACCAAAGCAGGUUCUUCACUCCUGCUUUACAAAAAGCCUGUGUGUGUGUGUGCGUACGUGUGUGUGUGGGCGGGUGUGUGCCCACGUUCCAUGAUAUGCAGACAUUACACAGAAUGGUCAGAUAUAUUUUAGAAUAAGUACACCAAUGAUAUUGUGACAGCAUUGAUAACUGUGUACCACCGCGUUUCUCUUCUAUCGGCUUUGAGUAUUUAGUUGGUGAGUCAUUGCAUGUUGUUGAGUUCCAGUUUUACCGUUAUUCUUUUUCUUCAUGUAUUUGUUUUCUCUGUUCAUGGAAAUAAUAAAGAUCCUUUUAAACAUCA